CUCAGAGGCAUCUGCUCAUCCUGUCAAGCUGAGGCAACCAGGCAAGGACUUUCUUAUCAGACUUGUGGAAAGUGGCUUAUCUGAGGAACAGCAUCAGACCCAGACUGGGUCCCAGCCCUGGGAGCAGGCAGUGGGCAAGCGCAGAGGUGGAGCUAGGCUGGGGCUUUUCCUUGGGUAUAAAAGGCUUAGAUGGGGCAGUGCUAACCACAGUGCCUGGGCCGUGGAUGAGGAGAGGCGCACAGAGAGGGUGCCAGCCAUGGGGUGGGCAGCUCCAACCCUCCUGGCCCUGCUCAGCCUAACAGCGACCGUUUGUGAUGGCCAGGACACCUGCCCAGAGCUGAGAAUAGUGGGACUCGGUGAUGCUGACCGGCUCGCCGUUCUCCAGGGAUGCCCAGGGAUCCCAGGUGCCUCUGGCCCAAAAGGAGAACCAGGUCUCCCAGGAACCAAAGGAGAGAUGGGGGCCCAGGGACUCCCCGGGAAAGCAGGACCAGCUGGUGCAAAAGGAGUAGCUGGAGAGCCUGGUUACCCAGGACCCAAAGGUAAAUCACACUGUGCUGAAGUCUGUGAUGUGGGGAAGAUCCUGAGCGGCUGGUACAACAUCUACCCCCAAGGUGGCUGCAACGCCACCACCGUCUUCUGUGACAUGGACACGGAUGGUGGAGGAUGGAUCGUUUUCCAGAGGCGUUGGGAUGGGUCAGUGAACUUCUUGCGAGAUUGGGACUCAUACAAGCGAGGGUUUGGCAGCCAGCUGACCGAGUUCUGGCUGGGGAACGACAACAUCCACUUCCUCACCUCGCUGGGACCCUGUGAGCUCCGCAUUGACCUGAGAGACUUUGAAAACAACUACUAUUUCGCCAAGUAUUCUUCAUUCAGAGUUUUAGGAGAGUCUGAGAAAUACAAACUGGUUCUAGGAGACUUCCUUGGUGGAAACGCUGGAGACUCCUUGUCGUACCACAAGGACAUGCCGUUUUCAACGACAGACCAGGACAACGACAUGAGCUCCUUUAACUGUGCCACUGAAUACAAGGGAGCGUGGUGGUACAACGACUGCCACUUCUCCAACCUGAAUGGGAUGUACUGGCUGGGCGUUCACGGGAGCUACGCUGAUGGCAUCAACUGGAAGACAGGCAAAGAAUACCAUUACUCCCAUAAGCAAACGGAAAUGAAAUUCAGGCCAGUUUAACACGGAGAGAGUGUGUCUGACUAGCACCAGCAAGUGCCACUCAACAGCCAAGAGAAGACACAAAACACAAUGUUGUU